UAGCGUGGAUUGGAAGCCGCCAACCUCAGAGGCGUGAGAGCAGCCACAGCAGCAGCAGAAGCAUCAUCAUCAGCAGCAGUAGUAGUAUCGUCAUCAGCAGCAGCAGCAGCAUCAUCAGCUCAUACACGGACCACCACAAGAAUCUACACGUGGAGCAAUUCCGUUCCGGAUCAACUUUAUCAAGUCUGCAGAAGGGGAAACAGAAUUGAUACUUUUCUCGCAUCUCUCUCUCUCAUCUCUCAACUUUGUCGUCGUCGUCGUCGUUGAAGCUUCACAAUGGCUUCGAAUUUCAACAAAGGGCCGGCCUACGGUCUCUCAGCGGAGGUGAAGAACCGGAUCGCCCAGAAGUACGACUUGCAGAAGGAGCAGGAGUUGCGUGCGUGGAUGGAGGAGAUCACCGGCCUCUCCAUCGGCUCCAACUUCCAGCUGGGCCUCAAGGACGGCGUCAUCCUGGGCGAGCUCAUCAACAAACUGCGCCCGGGCUCCGUGAGGAAAAUCAACCGGUCCAAGCUGAAUUGGCACAAGCUGGAGAACAUCACCAACUUCAUCAAGUCGAUCCAGGAGUACGGACUCAAGGCCCACGACAUCUUCGAAGCCAACGACCUCUUUGAGAACGGCAACAUGACGCAGGUGCAGACGACCCUGCUCGCACUCGCCAGCAUGGCGAAGACCAAGGGCGUGCAGACCAACGCGGACGUCGGCAUCAAGUACGCCGACCAGCAGCAGCGCAACUUCGACACGGAGAAGAUGAAGGCCGGCCAGUGCGUCAUCGGCCUGCAGAUGGGCACCAACAAGUGUGCAAGCCAGGCGGGCAUGACCGCCUACGGGACGCGUCGGCACCUGUACGACCCCAAGACGCUGACUGACAAGCCCAUGGACCACUCCUCCAUCAGCCUGCAGAUGGGCACCAACAAGCACGCCAGCCAGGCGGGGAUGACCGCCCCGGGCACGCGGCGCCACAUCUACGACCACAAGCUGGGCAUGGAGCACUGCGACGAGGGCUCCAUCCCGCUGCAGAUGGGCACCGCGCAGCCCGGAGCCAAGGGCAUCGUGUACGGCCUGGGCCGCCAGGUCUACGACCCCAAGUACUGCCCCGGCGGCUCGGAGCCCGUGAACGCGCGGGGCUACGGCGAGGACGGCGGCGGCGGCGACGAGGACGACGACGAGGAGGAGGAGCUCGGCGGCGGGGUCAGGGGUCGCGGGGCGGAGCGCAGCAACGGGCGGGACGCGGCGAACGGCGCUGGCUACGCGGAGGAGCGCGGCUACGGGGGCGCGUACCGCGGCUACGAGCGCGGAGCGGAGGAGGACGAGGAGGACGAGGAGGAGGAGGAGGAGGCCGUGUACCGGCAGCGCGUGCAGUGACGCGGGGGCAAAGUCUCCCCGCGUCGUCUCCUAACGAAUGUUUUGUUUUUCGUCUUCCUCGUCCUCCUCUUGUCACCCCUUACUCUGUCGUCGUUUUUUUGUUUAAUUUUUAAUGACGGGAAGAUUUUUUAAAUGCUGUACGAAGUGUAAACUGUUCGUUUUCUGCUCCCGCACGUUUGAAUUUCCAUUCGAAGUGCUCCGAGAUUGUCAGUUUCCCCAAUUUCUUGUUCUUCCUUUAACUCGCCCUGCCAAACCGGCACCCCGUAUCUACGAGCAGCCCCUGCUGCUCACAAAGGGAAUAUUGUGUCGCUGUGGAGGGGGGGACGCGGCACACCACUGCUCAGUGCGUGCAGCGUCAAAGUUAAGGAAUUUGAACUCGCACAAAAAAAACGUCUUUGAGCCCGGCCAUCAAACCCCAGACUACCAUCCAUGCAACUAAAACAUCUUAGAUUUGUCCGGUUUUCAAUCAAAUUCGUUGAUUUUCCAAUUAUCUUUUGCUCAACUUUUAUUUGUACCUACUCACUCAACCUCUCUCUCUGUCUCAAUAGCAUUCCAGCUGAGCAGCUUCCUUCGUAAUGAUCUUUUGCACGUUACUUCUACCCAAUGUGUUAACAUCGAUGUAGCGCUCUGCUUCAGUGAGCAGCAUCGACAAUUUAUCGACAAACUUGUGCAUUGUUUGAGUAACGCUUCAUUUGUACGGGGGGGACCUUUUCGGUUCAUCAGAAAUGAAGUGUUUAAAAUUGUGACUUGAGAUGGUUGAAACGUAUAUGAAAAAUAAGGAAAAUCUCUCCGGAGACUCGGCUCUUUAUUUGAAAGACGCUCUGCCUAGAAUGAUGGACCAAUUUCUUAUUUACAAACCAGAGUGCCCAUAGAAAGCCCGCACACAUAGAUAGGAACACUCAAAACCCUCCUCUUGUCUGCAGGGAGUGCUGUGUGUGAUUUCUAAAGGUUUUGAUGGGUGAUACAAGGGCUGGUAAAAGCCUUGUGCUGCAGAUGCUCGUGUUUAUCACUGCAAAUCCAUUUAAGGGUUAAAUACGUUCCAUUAAAUUCUUUUACAUUACAAUACUUUCUCUACCUGUAGCACAAAGGACCAAUGUCUUGAACUUUAGAGAAGUGCACAGCAACUUUUGACCAAUUGUGCUCCGAGUUGUUGUUGGUCACGCGCGUGAGAGGUUCAUCGCCUUAAUCGAGAGAGCCGACACGCAAAGCAUUGUGGGAUUGGCACCCUUGGCCUGUGAUUGGCCGCUUUCCCUCGCCGGGACAGCUCAGUGUUGUUAGGUUUGCGAUCAGUCCGUAGACCACCCAGCGCGAUGGGAACGUGUUUUUAAAACUAUAAGGGAACAAAACGUACAAUUGUAACGCGACUAAUACUGUUCCGCAUCGCGUUUAUUAAUUACUAGCUUGCAUAAUCAUUCCCAGUGAUGUUUUGUCUUUUUUUAAACUCCUUUAUGUUGAUGAUCCUAACUAUAUUCCGCAAACAACAUAGGGAGCACUUGUGUGUGUGUGUGUGUGCGUACAUGCAAUCAGACACUGUAUAUAAUAACACACUGAUAAUGUUUUCCUUGCGUACCAAGCUGAUUUAGUUUUCAGUCCAUCAUGUCAUAUUUUAUAUUCGGCAGUUUUUUUCCGUUUUCCCCGCCCCCAAGAAAAUGUUACAAAUUCGCCAUUGCCACGUAUGUACGUUGAACUUCUUUCGCGCCGUACGCAGCCGGCCGCGCUAAUCGGAAGGUGCGGGGAAAUCUAGAAGCCACAAACGCAGUUCCACGACUCACGACGUGACCACAGUGCGUGUGUGCGCGCGGGCGCCGAUACGUUACAAUGCCAGCCGUCUCGCGUGUGCCGCUCCUGGCCAGGUCUGUUUUUUUUUCCAUCUGUGCCAAUCGCUAUCUUUAGCCGGAACCUCCCCUAGGUCAGUUUGGCCUAAAUCGGUCGCCUGGUGCGGCGUGCGCUGUCAACACGCCGUUGCGUGGGACGGGGGGGGGGGCAUGAGGGGGGGCAGCCAUACACCGUGCUUCUUGGCCCCACCACCAGCUUGACCCCGUGCGGAAAAUUAUAUAACUUUUAUUUUUAAGUACAACACCAUAUAUACGUAUGUUUCUGAUUGCAUGCACACGUCCACACCGGCAUAUGACCUAAACGUGUUAUUCUUUUUUUUAUGUUUAACGUUGUCGUGUACAUUUUUACGUAAAAGUGUGGGGGGGGGUGAGGGGGAGUGACCCACGAUCGCCACCGUGUAACGCAGUCGGAACGGUCCUGGCGGUGAGAGGGGGGGGGGCCAUGUGCGUUCACGACCUGCCCGCUGAGACGACUCUUUUGACCACCUCAAAGUUGGCCCUGUCAUGAAUGCACACCACGUGUGAACGGGCGUACGUCAACAAACUUAACAGGCAGAAAAACUGAGAAUUAAAAAAUGGUUAGCCUUCGACAAAGUGCCCGUCAAAACAAUGGCGAUCAAACUGAAAUUGGGCAUUUUUCCAAGUGUUCGGUCACUGAAACAACUUUGUACCUAGGUAAGACGUUUGCCUAGCAAGUUGAAUUUUUUUUUGUUGACCAGAUAUGAAAUGACUAAUUGAAUUGUAUUUUUUUCUGUUUUAAAUGAGAUGUUAACCCCAGCCAGAGUUUAACAUUUUAGGUCAAUUUUUACAAAGUGUUCCUGUUGUAUUACAAUUAAGAAAAACCCUAUUUUGUUUUGCGUUUAAAUAUAUUUGAACUGUCGUCGUACGAUCACGUUCCAUUCUAUUAGGCAGUUGUACUCUGCUCCUACUGUAGAUUAGACCAGUCUUUUAACUUCAAAACUAGAGUAAUGAAUUGUAAACAAAAGUGUUCUUCAAUACUUCCUUGUAUCAUUUAAAGAGAAAUGUUUCCCCAAAACCACUAAAUAAAGAUUAGAUACCAGUUUAA